AUGUCUUCCCCAGUAGCCUUACUGCUUGCUGCGUUUAUCGCUGCGCCGUCAGUUUCGGCUCUGUCUUUACCUCCACUAAUUCCUACGAUUCCUGGUGUCACCGAACCCCUGACGAGCAACGCUCCGCCUCUACCUAUUUUGCAAAUUCCAACGCCGCCAUUAGAGAGUCCCCCUUUUGAGGGAAGCAGCAUCAAACCUAAGAAGAUAGGUUACUUUUGGACCGCUUCCGGCGACAAUCAGCAUAAGGGCAAUCUUGACGAUGACACAUUUGGAACCCUUCUUUGGGUUACAGAUGUCCCCUCAAGUGGAAACAGCCCACAUCAUCUCGGUCCCUCGCACGACGGGAAGACUUUGAUUGGUGGCGGGCUGCUAUCCCUCCUGAAGACGCAAGACACUGCUUUUUACUUCGACACUACGGACCCAUAUCGUCCGACUUUCAAGAAGAGCAAUCGUGCACUACUUUCAUCUAUAGUUGAUGAGAUCCGUGCGAAACCUGAUGGAGGAUUUUUCAUCACCUAUAUGGGCUCUGCUCUGGGUACUUCACCAGGAAGGCUGGUUGAAACUGAUGCUGAAUUUAACAUCAUCCAUGAGUGGCCUGAGAAUGUGGACGGUCUACUUAACAUCCUCGGGGAACAGUUUUCUCCACAUGGUUUAGCAGUUGAUUUCGACAGGAAUGUUAUUCUUACUUCCGACUUCAUUGUUCCCCUAAGCAUCUUAAAACCGAGUUUAGGAAUUCAACGAGCUGAUACCCUACGGCUCUGGGAUCUUCCAUCACGCGAGAUUAUUAGCACUAUCGAGAUUCCCAAUGGUGGCGGUAUUCAAGAUGUCAAGUUCAUUCCCGGAAAUCCCGAAGGAGCUGCCCUUGCAACUGCAGUUCACCUAGGCCAGGUCUGGAUUAUCUACCCCUUCCGUAAGGACGGUAACGGCAAGCAAGGUGUAGCGAAGCUGCUCUACGACCUGGGACCUAAGGCUCGCGAUACCGUUGCCAUCUACUCUGAUAUAAGUGCGGAUGGAAAUUUCGCUUAUUUCACAUUAACAACAGCAGACCAUAUAGCUGCUCUCGAUAUUUCAGACUUAGACAAUGUGAAACGAUUGGAUGACCCGGAUGAGGAUCAACCAACAAUUGGCCCCCACUACAUCAAGAUCACGCCAGACCAGCGACACAUCGUAGUAACGGACUACUUUGUACAGACAGGAGAUAUUGGUCUAAUUAACACUCCAGCGGACUACAAGGCUCUAUAUAUCGACAUCCUCGACGACGGGUCCUUGAGCUUCAACCGCAGCAUAGAGUUCCAACGCGAGUUUGCAAACCGUGGCGGUGCUAAGCCGCACUCAGCUGUUGUGUUUGACUUUACUGAUCCGGAGAAUCCCGUUUACUACUGA